CCGGCAUAAACGUCGGCCAUGGCACAAGCUAAGGCGAAGUCAAAUAGGUUUACUCUUUACUAUUUUCCGACGUCAUACUCAUCUCAAAAGGUGUUGCUAGCAUUCUAUGAAAAGGAGGUUGCUUUUAAACCCAAGCUGGUCAGUUUAUUUUCUGGUCAACACAAUGCACCCUGGUAUGUGAGGUUGAAUCCUGAGGGAGCCCAUAUCCCGGUGCUGAAGGAUGGAGAAACGAUUAUUACAGAACCAGACAAAAUCAUAGACUACGUUGACAGCAACACAGAAACCUCAGUUCCCAAACUGAUUCCAGACCAGGAAUCGGAACUUGGAAAAAAAGUUGCAGAAUUGCGUAAACGUUUACAAAUGGUUGAGGUGGACAUAAUUACAUACGGAAUAAUUUAUCAUCCACACUUGUCUUCAGUUGGGUGUCAAAUCCAAGGGGCUGUUAUGAGGAGUAUGAGAGAAAAUUUUGCCAAUCGUCUGGCAGUACUAACAGACCUUGCGGCCAAGCACCCAGCUCUUAGGGAUAGCUACCUGAUGAAAAGUCAGACAGCAGCCCAGAAGUUUGAUGUCAUAACAGAUGCUGCACAGGUGCAACGUCAUCUAGAAGAGUUACAGCUUACCAUGGAUACGGUGGAACAGCAACUGAAGAGUAUCAAGGAAGCGAGUCCUGACAUUACUGAUGAUCUGUGGCUGUUUGGGCCGAUGUACACCGUGACUGACAUCAGUCUGACUGUACUGCUGAGUAGGCUGGCCCUUCUGGGGCUGGACAAGACCUACUUCUCCCAGGAUACCCAUCCGUACACACACAACUACUACAACCAAGUGAAGAAACGCCCCACCUACUUGAUGAUACAAAAGGAAAUCUCCAAUCUAAGAAUGACACUGCUGUGGGAAAAUUUAAAGACUGCCUCUCCUUACAUUGCAGGUGUAGUUGGUUUAGGUAUUGUGGGGACGUUAGGAUACAUUGUUUAUAAAAAGUGGAAUGAGUAGGUCAUUUUGUCUGGUGUAGGUCAUAUUGUCAAGGUAACAGAACCAGUGUUGUGAGUGAUUAUUUAUAGGAGCGAUUUAGUUUUCUUGAUGUGGAUGAUAUUAUUAACUUACAGUAGUAUACAAUCUAAUUUUCUUCUGCAUACAGUUGACCUUUCUGUAUAUAAAUAUGGUGGUUUUGUCAGACUGGAUAACUGUAUAACACCAGAUUUUCUUUGAGCAUUGUUUUUGUGAAUGAUAAGGAACCAUGAAAUAUACAAUGGUAAUAGUCGAAAUAUUACAACUUUCUGUUGAUAUGAGAUAUCCAUGGAAGUUUGUGCCACAUAACUUUUUGAAUAUUUUUUUUUUUUGACAAGGAAAGAAAGUGACCACAAGCAUUUUGUGUUAUACAGAACAUCCACUUAAUUUAAUGAUAGCUCUGUGUUAUACAGAACAUCCACUUAAUUUAAUGAUAGCUCUGUGUUAUACAGAACAUCCACUUAAUUUAAUGAUAGCCCUGUGUUAUACAGAACAUCCACUUAAUUUAAUGAUAGCUUUGUGUUAUACAGAACAUCCAUUUAAUUUAAUGAAAGCUCUGUGUUAUACAGAACAUCCACUUAAUUUAAUGACAGCUCUGUGUUAUACAGAACAUCCACUUAAUUUAAUGAUAGCUUUGUGUUAUACAGAACAUCCACUUAAUUUAAUGAUAGCUCUGUGUUAUACAGAAAAUCCACUUAAUUUAAUGACAGCUCCACAGGCAAAAUGUAUUCUUGUCAGUCAGGUCAUCUUCAGGUCAAUAUUUUCAGGUCAAAUUGACCUAAAAAGUGCAGAAUAGUCAAUUUAUGUUAAAGAUUGAACUGAAAAUUUCAUCAUGUGAAACUGACCUCACUUUAAGGUCAAUUUUAGGUCAAUAUUUGUAGAGGUCAGAUUUACCAUUUUGCCAUUGUACCAAGCAGUAUCACAGGAACCCUGUGUGACAGAUUCACAAGUUUGUACCUGUAUCAGAAUCAUGUCCGAUAUCAUCAGUUUGUAGUUUGAGAUUUUUAUACAACCAACUAAACUUUACAGGAGUGCAUGGCUGGACAUGGCUGGACAUGGCGUUGUCUGGCCGGCAUCAACUCUUGUUUUUUCUGGAGAUGAUCCUCCUACAUUUCAAUCUCUCUGAAACCCUGGUAGGUUUUAUAAUUAGGAUAUGAAGUUAUGUUUCCCUGACAUCUGUUUCAAGUAUUUUAGCAAAAGUUAUAGCCCUUUGUUUAUUUCAGUGAUUUGAUUUUUUAUCUGGAGAUCUACUUUUUUUUACCCAAUCUCUUGGAAACUUAGUUUGCAUUAUCAUCUGUAGUUGUUUCCCUGAACUGCAUUUUUGUUAGAUCUUCAGUUUUCAACCAAUUUCCUUUAAACUUUGUUGAUUUUGCUAGACCCUGACAUUUUAUUUUCUGAGUGACAUUUUGAUUCAAAUAAGUCAACAAAUCUAAAUAUUUGUAUUCAUUUGAUACAAUUAAUGUAUUUCCUAUGGGAUGGACAUAUAUUAUUCCAGUCUGCGGUGUUUCCUCUGGAACAGACAUAUACUGUUACAGCCUGGGGUAUGCUGGUUCCUAUGGGACGGACAUAUAUUGUUCCAGUCUGCGAUGGUUCCUAUGGGACGGACAUAUAUUGUUCCAGUCUGGGGUAUUCUGGUUCCUAUGGGACGGACAUAUAUUGUUCCAGCCUGGGGUAUGCUGGUUCCUUUGGGACGGACAUGUAUUGUUACAGCCUGGGGUAUGCUGGUUCCUAUGGGACGGACAUGCAUUAUUACAGUCUGCGAUGGUUCCUAUGGGACGGACAUAUAUUGUUCCAGUCUGCGAUGGUUCCUAUGGGACGGACAUGUAUUGUUACAGUCUGCGAUGGUUCCUAUGGGACGGACAUAUAUUGUUCCAGUCUGCGAUGGUUCCUAUGGGACGGACAUGUAUUGUUACAGUCUGUGAUGGUUCCUAUGGGACGGACAUAUAUUGUUCCAGUCUGCGAUGGUUCCUAUGGGACGGACAUGUAUUGUUCCAGCCUGGGGUAUGCUGGUUCCUAUGGGACGGACAUAUAUUGUUCCAGUCUGCGAUGGUUCCUAUGGGACGGACAUGUAUUGUUCCA